UUGUGGUUAGUUCGUGUUUAGCCCUUAUUCGGUGUCGACGUUUUGACUUGUUUCGUGUGUGCGGAUUGUGUGAAUAAAAAUACAUAAUAAAAAAUGUAUGUGGAUAUACAUAAAAAUACAUACACAUACUUCUCUUUUGGAUAAAGCGGAUGUGUGUGGGCAUUUUAAUUGCAGUUUGCACGCCAUCUCAGCGUUUGGACAAACUAUUUGUUACAUCCAUAAAUAGUUAUACAUAUCUAUGUAUGUGUGCAUAUACUAUAAGUACAUAUGAAUGAAUGUAUGGUUUCAAAGGUGGCGUAUAGAAAGAGUGGCAAUCCUGCGACACUAGUUGCAAAGAAAAUCAAGGAUGAUUGUCGUAUGUAUUCAUAAUUACAGAUGGAUAAGCGUCGAUAAAAAUCCAGUUCCAUAGAUAUGUUAUGGAAUUUCGAGUACUGGAAUACAUAAUUACUUAUGUAUUAUGUACAUAGAUACAUAUGAAUGUAUUUUCGUUCAUAUCUUAAAAUAUGUACACUAAAGCUAACUGUCUACCUACAAUGAGAAAUUAACUCAUUCCAAUAAACUGAAAAAAAAAAAAUUAUCUUUAAAUAUAUAUACAUAGCAUGCCAACAUAAAAAUUAGUCCCUUUCAUUAAUUUAAUUACGCAAACACAAUUAUUAAGUUAAACAGUGUUAUUUAACGUGGAAAUAACUUAAACUGAUCACCUAAUAGCCUCUCGGUAUUCGAAUGCUAAUUAUGUGUAUGAAAUGUUUGUCUCUGAAUUCCUUGUUUCAAUGUGUGCACAAAAUUUGUUGCGUAAAAGCAGUAUCCCAAAAGAAAAGCGCACCACUGGAUAAAUUUGUUAGCACAUAAUGUAAAGAAAAAAAAAUUAGCAAUAGAAAAAUUACUGAAUGAAUAUACGCAACGGAAGUGAAAAUUUUAAGUUAACACAGUGCGUCAAUGGUGAUACCAAUUACAAAUUGAAUACAAUAUAGUAAUCAAAUUAUAAAAAAUACACAAUGUUAUUCCGAUUACUACCCGCAAAACGGAGAGACAGCAAGACUGAAAAUUCAUUCACGAGAGGAUGCGGAGAAGACGCCAACAGCAAAUGGCGACUUUGGAGCCCGCUCCGUGCGUUUAGUUGGCAACAAUAUCGAAGAACUUGUCUUACGAAUUGUCGUGUUGUGGCUAAUGGAUAUUUUUUGCUCCUGCUUUUCGCGAUCUUUUGCACACCUGGUUUACUCGCCCAACAGCAAAAGUUUCGUGUGACUCCAUAUGACCUUCAAGUGCUCGAAGGUGCAGAAGCUAUGAUGCGCUGUGAAGUAUCUAAUCAAGCGGGGGCAGUGCAGUGGACGAAAGAUGGAUUUGCUCUCGGCUUUUCAGCCGUUAUUCCUGGAUUUCCCCGGUAUUCGGUUUUAGGCGACCGAAAACAAGGUGUAUAUAAUUUACGAAUAUCUAAUGCUUCAAUCACUGACGAUGCAGAAUAUCAGUGUCAAGUUGGACCUGCACGACUUAACUCAGCCAUACGAGCAAACGCAAAGUUAACAGUGAUUUCUCCACCUGGGUUCAUUGAAAUACAAGGAUAUGCGCACAAUUCCAAAGUAGAAGUGAGAGAAAAUCAGGAUUUAUCGUUGAAUUGUAUUUUGGCAAAUGCAAAACCUGCUGCUCAAAUUAUUUGGUAUCGUGGUAACGUGGAAUUCAAACAAGGACACCGUGUGGAUAAAGUUGAAGAGACAUCGUCAAAGCGAUUUACUACGAAGUCCACUCUGAAUAUAAAGCCGAAUUCUGAAGAUGACUAUACGGAAUACACAUGCCAAGCAAAACACAAAGCGUUGCCCCCAGAUAUGCCGAUGCGUUCAACUGUCCAGCUGUCAGUUCUUUGUAAGUAAUUAAACUAAAAGUGGGAUUUGUUAUUGUUAUUGUGUCUUAUUAUAUUUUUAUUUCACCAGUC